AUGGGCCCCGCCCUUGUACUGGCCCCGCCCCCGUGGGGAGUCAUCCCGCCCCCUGCGGCUCUGGCCCCGCCCCCCAGGAGCCGCAUUGGCCUGUCCCAGACUCUGCAGGGCGGUCAGGCCGCCCUGACCACGGCCCUGCGCCGCAUCCCGACCCACCCACUGUGGCUCUGGCCCCGCCCCCGAGGCGCCCUAUUGGCCCCGUCGAGCACUCCGCCCCCCAUCUCGCAAUGGCAGAGCAGCGGACGCGCGCGGGGAGACAAGAGUAGGCGGCGGCGAGCGGGGCGUGGGGCCAUACGCGGCCGCCUGUGGCUCGGCCUGGCGUGGCUACUGCUGGCACGGGCGCCCGGCGCCGCGGGGACCCGGAACAGUCCGCGGAGACCGCGCAGCUACACGCAUCUGGAGGGCGACGUGCGCUGGCGCCUCUUCUCCUCCACCCACUUCUUCCUGUGUGUGGACCCCAGCGGCCGCGUGCAGGGCACCCGCUGGCGCGACAGCCCUGAUAGCGUCUUCUUCGAGUUGCGCUCUAUCCGCGUGGGCGUCGUGGCGCUGAAGGCCGUGAACACCGGCUUUUACGUGGCCAUGAACCGCCGCGGCCGCCUCUCCCGGUCGGUGAGUGCAAGUGCGCGGGGUGGGCUGGGGUACGUGGGGCGCGCCCGGCGGGGGCGUGUCCAGGGGCGUGCCCAGGGCCGCUUACAGCCCGCCCCGCAGCGGGUCUGCGCUAGGUUCCGGGAGCGCAUCGAGGAGAACGGCUACAACACCUACGCGUCCGUGCGCUGGCGCCACCGCGGCCGGCCCAUGUUGCUGGCGUUGGACGCGGGGGGGGCGGCGCGAGGGGGGCGGGGGGGCGGCGCGGGGGCCCCGAGGCGCGGGGUCCGCACGCAGCGACACCACCCGUCCACGCACUUCCUGCCCGUCCUGGUCUCCUGAGGCCCAGGAUCCAUGAGUGACGGCUGGACCGAGAUUCCAGGAGGCGCGCGAGCCGGGCGGGCGGCUGAAGACCGAGGCUGGGGAAGGCCCGGUCCCGGCGAGCCCGUGUCUGGUUACUCACUGAUUUCACAUGCGUUGAGCGCCUGCUGUGCUGGGCACUGGGGACACCGCCGGACCCCA